UUAAUAGACCAAAAAUAUUAAGAGAAGGAUAUCAAGCCAUUUGAUGUCAAUCAAACAAGCCCUAAGUGGAGAACAUUAACAAUAUUUAUGAACUUAAGUUGGCCGUUCAAAUUUGUGAGACAGCAAAAUCGUGCUGUAUAUAAACGCGAACCCUAAUCUAAAACCUCCUCACUUCUUCUCACUGGACCUCGCUCAACAGAAAAGAGAGAAAACAUCUCAAGGUGCGGCGGCCGCUGUCUCUUGAGGUUCACGAUUGCCUUGAAAGAUGGUGAGGGUGAAUGUAGUGCAUGAUGCACUGAAGAGCAUGUAUAAUGCCGAGAAGAGGGGAAAACGUCAGGUCAUGAUUAGGCCUUCCUCGAAAGUCAUCAUCAAGUUUCUUCUGGUCAUGCAGAAGCAUGGGUACAUUGGCGAAUUUGAGUGCGUAGAUGACCACAGAUCUGGAAAGAUUGUGGUGGAGCUGAAUGGAAGGCUCAACAAAUGUGGAGUGAUCAGCCCUAGGUUUGAUGUUGGUGUCAAGGAAAUUGAGCCUUGGACUGCCAGGCUGCUCCCAUCAAGACAGUUCGGUUACAUUGUGCUGACGACAUCUGCUGGGAUCAUGGAUCAUGAAGAAGCUCGUAGGAAGAAUGUUGGAGGGAAAGUACUUGGGUUCUUUUAUUAAGCAUGGCUUGUUUGAUAUUUAUAGUUAUGCAGUGGACCUUAUUGAAUCAAUUGUUGAGGUUUCAUGGUGGGAUUCUGGGAGACCUUUUGUUACCUUUUUUGUGUUUUAUCUUUUUACCUCUAAAACUAGUAUGUACCCCGUGCGAUGCACGGAAACAAUAUUAAAUCUACAAUAUUAUAAAUAGACCUCGAGUUUGAGUUACUAAGUGGAAACUACUAUUGAUUCUAUUUAAAAAGAGGAAGAAAAAA